CGCACGUGCGCACCAGCGUCGUCUGCGCGAGCUUCAGAGCAGCUAUGGAAAGUCCUGAUGUGUGGGUUGGUUCCUGGAGGCCUCACAGACGGAGGGGUCCUAUUGCUGCGCUGUAUAGUGGCCCCGGGCCCAAGUAUGCCCUCCCAGGGGCUACAGGUAUAGAUGGGCAUGACCCACGGAAAUUGAAAGCUCCUGCUUAUAGCUUUGGAAUACGGCAUCGGCAGUUAAGAGAGAGCUGCUCGCCCGGACCUGGAUACCUUGUACCCUCAAAUAUCACCAGAAUUGGAUGUGCUGGCAACCCUGUUUAUUCGCUAUACAGUCGACCCAAAGAUCCUCAGCUCUUCCAGACCCCAGGACCAGGUACUUAUCGCCCUGAGGAAGCGGUGAAGACAACUUUAUCCUCUGCCCCUGCAUACUCGCUGUCUGCUAGGACCAAAUUGUUCCGCAAAGAUCAAACACCAGGGCCUGCUGCGUACAUGCUUCCUCCAGUGCUGGGACCAGUAUCAGUGGGUAAAAAAUCUGCUCCGAAUAUCUCUCUAAGUGGCCGCAGCAAAAUAGGCAGCUUUCAUGAGGACUUGAGAAAAACUCCAGGUCCUGGGACGUAUAGGGUUGUGGAUCCAAACAUUUACAGAUCAAAAACCCCACAGUAUAGCAUUAUUGGUCGCAACAGCUUGCCUGGUGAUACAAGCCAGAAGCCAGGGCCUGGAACUCAUUAUCCAGAACAGGUGACUUUUACAAGAUCCAAAGCUCCCAGCUUCUCUUUUGGUAUUCGUCACUCUGAGUACAUUGCACCGCUGAUUUCGGACAUCAAUGAAUAACUACCAUCUCUAUUCCUAUCUAGUAAAAUGACUAUUAAGCAGCAGAGACUUACUUAGUAACUCUGCAACACUUUGAAUAAACUGUUAGACCCUCUACAGGUUAGUCAGCAUGCCACUUUACCAUCUAUCUUAUAUAAUGGUCAGCUUAGUUUUCUGACACGGGGUCUAGCUUGCAGCUAAAUCUAAUAAUUUGCAUCUUUCUAAACAAAACUGACAGCAUGGUCCAGUUUUCUUAAAUACAGUAUGGUCAGAAAUGUAGCUAGUGCAAACAGUACUGGUCAGUGACAUUGCUAUAUAUUGUCUCUUUGUUUCUUAUUUUGUUUUUUAAACUAAGUGGCUUGUAAGUAGUUAAAUUACAAUCUAUGUAAGUGGAGUAGCAGGUUAUUCAUCAUUUGAUUUUCUAA